AUGAAAUUCGCUGCUUCGCCCAGCGCCAUCGGAGUAUCGCCGCCGUCUCUACCAGCGCACCCCUGGUGUCCGCUGGUACUGGAGCUCGAACUGGAGGGCGGCACAGGGCUGAAGGUCCCCUUUCGACCACCCACGUGCCAUGUCACGUGGAGCACUAGUAUAGUCACGUGCCGGAGAAAUCUAGUCAUCUGGACCCCAAUCAUGCUCACGAUGAACGUCUUUCACGUGACUAUUACCGUCCGUGCACCUCUGACCACGUGCUCUCACAGCUGUCUUUACGUCACUAUCACGUGCUCGACCUUAUUCCGAAAUCCUCCGAGGAGCAGACCGGCCAGUCACGUGCCAUACGUCCUGACAAAUAUCACGCCAGGAGCGGAGCCUGCUCCCGUCGUAUACGCCAGCGCAAACCAGUACGCGCACAACUGCUCGCGCUCGCGUAUAGACGCCGGCCCCGAAACAAAAAUGUCGCUUUCCGGACCACCAGAGCUCGGUCAGUCGAGAGCGACUCUCGCCCUGGUGGAGCUGCCCUGGCCGCCAAGCUGCGAAGUAGUCUUGUGCGGCUCUCUUCCCAAGCGGAGGCCGCCUCUAUUGACAAAUACUGACAUCCGGAACAACGUUCGCCGGCCUCCACAGAAAAAAGCGUAG